CCGGCCGCCGCCCCGCGCCGCAGACAUGCAGGCUCCAGAGGCGCGCUGCCUGCCACCGCUGCAACCAUGGUGACGGCCGCGACGCUGCAGACGCUGCUGCUGGUGCUCGCGCUGUCCACCCCGCGCUCAGGGUGCAGUCUGCUGCCAACCGCAGGGCGACAAGCCCCGGAGGCACCGCGUAGCUCUCGUGGCGGAGGUGACGACUGGCUGCUGCGGGCGUCGCGCCCGGAGCAGCGUCGCGGUGGCGUGGUGUCGGUGCGCCUCUGGUGGCGACCUCCCGAACCACCACCUGCAGGGCGCGGCGCCUUCCUGGUCACGUGGGAGGUGGCCGGCGGCGCGCUGCGCGGGAACCUGGUCACCGACGCCCGCUGCGCCACACUCUCCCUACAGCCCGCCACCGUCUUCCGCAUCCAGGUGUCGGUGUUGCACGGGGCGUCGGCGAGCAGCAGCCGGCCGCUGGUGGUGGACACAGGCCGAGCGCUGCAGCUGAGGAUGCACCACCAGCCAGAGGCGGGGGCGGCUGGGGACGGGUUGUGGCCGGGCGCCGUGCAGCUGUCGCCGCCGCCCGCCGCCCCCGCGCCCUCCCCCGCCACGCUGGCGGCCGUGGCGGCAGCCGCCCUGCUAGCGGCCCUCGGGGUCGUCUUCGCGGCCCUCCGCUGCCUCGGCAGCAGCGCCUGCCGCGGGCCCAAGCAGGCAGACCCGUGGCCUACGGGCAGCGAGAUCUGCGCGGAGUCUGCCGCUCCGGAAGCGCUGCCUCUGCAGGUCAGGAGCUCCGCCCCAGAGACCGACCUGGAGGACGGCCCGGCGCCGACUACUCUGCCCGCCACCGCGACGGCGAGCCGAGACCAGCCGUCGACAAGUGGCGUCUCCUGGCUGCCGGUGGUCGAACUAAACAUGAGCAGCGACUGGCUCAACACGCUUUAGCAGACGCCAGGGCCAAAUGGGCCGCACCCCAACUGUGCGACUCACCGCUGUAGGGUCACGCAUCCUGGUGCGAUAAUCGUGGCCAAUGGGCGACGUCGCUCUGGCUGUACACAGUGCAGCUAAUUGGACUGUGUGCUACUGCUUUGAUACUGCCGUUUGGUAUGACAUUCACGUCUGCGUCGGCCUGCCUUCAACGGUGAUGUCAUGCGAAACAGUAUUGGGAUUGUGAGACCUUAACUUUUCCCGGCGAAUUGAAUGUUCGAACAA